AUGUCCCUUUUCUGCUGUGAUGGCGGCGGUCCCUGUGCUCAAAGCUCUCGGAUGAGGGUUGAAGCCAAUGGCCCGGCACCAAUAGUACCGGACACCUCCCAAAGCAGGGUCCAUACGCCUUUGCCCAUGCUGCAAGACUGGGACAAGCUCGGAGCCAGGGAGAAGGAGGUUGUGCAGGAAAAGCUGGAAAGCAUUGUAAACGCCUUCGCGCGUGAGCUCACUAGGGGCAAGGUGUUCAUGAAGCUGGGGCGAAAUGGCCGCCUCUUCUACCGCCUUUGCACUUUGGACAAGCAGCUGACGGCAUUCUCCAUGCACAUCAAGGGAGCCAUCGUGGAGUAUCCCUUCAGCCACAUGCAGCACAUUAGCUUUGGUUAUGACCUCACAGACUUCACGCAUGUUCCUGUCUCAUUACCAUCUGAUGCGCUGGCAGCGGUUAUUGUUAUGGACAACCGGAGAAUGAAUCUGGUGUUUUCGUCCCCCAUGGAGCGAGACGAGUUUGUUCUCAAGGAGCGGCACCGACGAAAUAAUUCGUGUCCACAACUUCAGGAAUUGAGGCAUGCUGUGGCCAUGCUCCCAGCCCGCAACCAUGGGCGCCUCUGCAGACUCGCCAGGUUCUCCACAGAGGCCGCUACACAGGCGGAGCCAGCACAGGCCUUGUUGGCGGUGCCAGGACCCUGCUUGGACGAAGUCUUUGGCUUUGGAGGGCGCUCUGUCUGCAGUCUGCCAUCAGGCAUCAGGCGAGGGCGGCGCAGAGCAAAGACAAUCAAGGCUGUUGAGCGCACGGCGACCCGCCUGCACUACCGCGAGCUUGUGAAGCAGGAAAUUUUUGAUCGAUAUGCAGUCACAAGUUCGAGGGAGACUUCUCUGCGCUUCCACCUCUUCCGUACCGAGCGGCCGCUCAGCAAGGUGGAAAAGCUGCGUGCCCGGCAAACUCUGCGUCCAUUUGGCCUGCUUGAGCGGUUGCGUUCAUCCGAGCUGAUAGCUCUCGUCGAAGGCCCGGCUCGGGGGCACUUUGACAACGACCUCCUGUGGCGACAGCUGGAGCGUCUCUUUGUGGUUCAGAACAAGAUUCUGUCAAUCGGAGAGAUGUCACGCAUCCUGCAUUCGUUCGCAAUGAGAAGGCAGAGCAGGCAGCUUUCAGACCCGCCUGCGAGACUUCUGCGAGUUGUCUCACAGCGCUUCUGUCAAGAGGCUGUCUCUUGCUCUGUUGCGGAGCUUGCCCGAAUUGUGGAUGCCUUCGGCACGUUCAGUGCAAGAGACACCAAGCUUCUGAAUCACCUUUCCAUGGUUUUCCCGGACGUGCAGUCGUUGCAGACAGAGGACACGGAGGGCCCUUUCAAGCACAGCACAGGGCACAGAACGGAGAUGGGAAAUGUCCCCCUCUGGUUUGAGGCGCUGGUACAUCUCUGUCGUGGGCUGGCUGCAUUGAGGUGGCCGGAUGAGGCCGCAUUGCGGUUCACUGUGCAGAUUGUGUCCGGGUCCCUCGAGGCGAGGCCGCCAAAGCAGCGACUUCGAAAAGUCCUUGGGAACCUUGCCAGUCCGACCAACUUGUAUUCGCUUCCAGCGUUUGAGCCGGAAGAGCGAUGCGAAAUCAUUGCAGAUGCUGAUGUCGCUUCCAUCUGCGAAGCUUUGGCGAUCUUGGAGGUCAGAUCCGAGGCUCUGAUCCGUGCGGUCUUGAAGGAUGUGGCAACCGAGCGAGGCGGGGCGGCGCGGGCACUGUCUCAGGGACGAUGGAGGUCUGCACACCUCCUUGGUCGCCUGAGUCGUAGUCUGGCCAGGCUUGGUGUCGUGGAUAAGCAGCUGACAGCCCGAUGGCUGCAGGCGGUGCGGCGGGAAGACCGGAUGAAUCCCCAGCCGCGACUCCCACGGGAGGUGUUGGAGGUGGCGACUACUGCAUACCAGAUCGGUGCUUUCCACAGGGAGCUGCAGUGUCGACUGGGCCGGCGCCUGCGCGUAGCCCUGCGGCUGGGUGCAGACUCUGCCAGAGGUGCCAUCAGUGAUGCCGUCCAAUCCGUGCAGGAGGCACCCCUGCCAGCCGGGACAACGCAGUUGGUGGUUCGGCUACCAGAGGUCGAACCCUUGCCUUCGGAGCAGAACCUGCAGACGGCUCUGCAGUGUCUCAGGGUCUUGACCUGCUGCGACGACAGAGACUUCGACGCAGUGCUGGGUGCAGCCACCCGGCAGCUUCGAGAGUCCGAAGGCAGCUCCAGCAUCGCUUUGCCCCACGCCAUGAUCUGCUCGCGAUCUCCAGAGGCUUUUGCGAGGCUUGACGCUGGAGCUAGGCUGCUGAGCACGGAGGAGCUCCUGGAAGCUCAUCGCUGCUGCGCGCUUCUGCACGCCCAGGAGCAUCUGGCUGGAGUUUCGUCAGCAAGCCGUACGGCUUUCGGCCAUAUGGACCGCUGCCCAGAUCUCGCCAAGGUACUGUGGCAGAGAAUGGCCGGCACUGUGGCGGACCUUUCAGGCGAUUCGAGCAGCCGCAUCUGCGAGCUGGCCACGUUUUCAUCUGUGGCAGAGUCGCUGCAACGGCUCUCGCCGGCGGCUGUUGCUCCUGAGGAGGCCGACCUUGCCGUGGCUUGUGGACGCACGCUGCGGGUAAUACUGGGUCAAGGAGCCACGCUGACCAUGCGCGCCGCGAUUUGCGUGACUGAGUGGUGCGCCUCCACUGCGGUGCCUUGCCCCAAAGUGACGAAAAUCUGCUGCGAGAUGCUGGUCUCGAAGGCCAAGCUCUUCUCUGGCGAGGGAUUGCGGCGUGCCCUCUUCGCCACUUUGCAGGCUUCCGAAGGGCCUCGCUCCGAGCAGUGGCUGCCUGUUCUACGGGCAUUGAUGGAGGAACUGCCAAGGAAGCAGCAUCUUCAGCCUGCAGAAGACCUGCUUCGCCUGGCCGUUCACUUCCUUCGUGCUCAAGCACUGCACCGAGUCAAGACGUUGCCUCGGUGGACGCGCCCUCCUGCCCUUCGAUUAGUUCGUCGCUUGGAGAGGCCCCCUGUUCGUCGCAGCCCUUUCCAGGGUGCCAUUGCGGCAGGAGUCAUCCACCCACUUCGUCGACUUACCGAGACACGGUCGUUGCUUUCACAGGCCUCUACAUGCUUGCUGAAGGAGGCUCUGGACGUCUGCCAAAGACUUGGCGGCCUCAAGAGGUCCAGGUGCGCCUCAACUGCGAAGGCGAAGGGGGCGCAGUUUCCAAGGACGGUGCCACCCUCGCUGCUCGGCUCGGCGCCUUCGCUCCAACGCCCCUGUGAAGUCCGGGACCAGGUGAUAGAGCUUGGCACUGACCCACUUGGGCGCCCUCGAUGUCUCUUGGGCCGCUGUGCUUGCGCUUUCUUUUCCAAGCCGACAGAGCGCCUGAGCUUGUCACGAUUGCCUCGCCGCCAGAUGGCUGAGAGGAGAAGCUUCAUUCCAGACAGCAGCGCGCUGGCAUUGGCACCGGAACCGCCCCUGGGCAAGGUGGAGUACAAGCUUAAGCUAAACGCCCAGGAGGGCACCGAAAGAUUCGAAGAGUUGGUGACUCAGCUAAAUUGGCGAAUGCGAGAAUGCAGCUCCGAAGAGGAGUGUGCCGAAGUCGCAGAUCUCAGCCAGUACAGAGAUGCUGUGUAUCGACUAGGCGUCGCUGAUGAUGGGGCGGUGUUGGGCUUGAGUGAUGGAGAGUUGGCAGAGUCUAUGUCUGUGUUGCAUGCCAUGGCUGCAAGAAUCCCGGCAACAGUCACUGUCCUCAGUAGACGGACCGGCAUUGCACCUGGUAACAGGACAUCCAUCACUGCAUUGAUCCGAGCCCAAACAUCGGCGCUUUCCUUGCUGGGGCAGGGGGACCAGGUCAGGAUCUGCACAGUGGGAAACGUGGAUUCUGGAAAGUCCACGCUGCUGGGUCUUCUCACACAGGGCUUGAGGGACGACGGCCGAGGGCGUGCGCGCUCCUCUGUGUUUCGACAUCGCCAUGAACUCGAGACAGGGAGGACUUCCUGUGUCUCCACGAUGACACUAGGCUUCGAUCAAACCGGUCGGGUCGUGAACUAUAAGGAGGACAGCGAGGGAGUGUUUCGCAGUGAGGAACCCCAGCAUAAUGCCGGACGGGCCGAGGCACAGGCACGGAUCGCCGAAAAGGCUUCCAAGCUUAUUACAUUCUUCGACUUGUGCGGGCACGAGCGCUACUUCAAAACGACCUUGCAAGGCAUGGUGGGCUUGGCACCCGACUAUCUGCUCUGUACGGUUGAUGCCAACCGUGGCGAGUUGCGGGGCAUGGUCCAUGAGCAUUUGAUCGUUGCAAAUGCGCUUGCGAUUCCCACCAUCAUCUGCCUCACGAAGUGUGACGUGGCAGGCGAAGGGCAGAGGAAGUCUGCUCUUGAAGAUGUCAAGAAGUUCAUGAAGCAGAUGGGCACACCUACAUUUGUGGUGAAGGACGCUAACGAUGUAGUGUUCGCAGCAGAGCGCAUCCUCCAAGGAUUUACGCCGAUCCUUCUGUGCUCCGCAGUCACUGGCGCGAUGAUUCCAGAACUGAAACUCUUGCUGAACGUUCUUCCUCGGAGACCACCCCUGCAAGCUCCCGCAGCUUUGUCUCUACCAGGAUCUGAAGCCCUUCAAAUUCAGAUCGACGAAUUCUUCCCCCAAGUUCCGGGGGUGGGACUCGUAGUUUCAGGCAGAGUGCUACAUGGGACUGCGAGGCCCAACGAUGGGAUCCGGCUCGGGCCUAUCGUAGACACCUCCGGAGACUUGGUGAAGGAUGGCUUCAUCAGCUUGAGGUUGGCCUCCAUCCGCGCGCAGGACCACCCUGUCGAAGAGCUGAGGGCUGGCUCGAGCGGUACCUUUGCAUUGAAAGCCUCCGGAAAGGUCCGGGAUGCUCUGACGCCCAAGGUCUUGAGCAGAUCAAAAAUCCUGGUUGGCACGAAGUCCCCGUUGACGCCCUCGCGUUGGAUCAAGGCGAGCAUCACUGUGCUGCAGCAUCCGAGCUCCAUAAGAGUGAGAUAUGAACCCGUUCUUCACGUUGGCAUGACGCGGCAAACGGCUCGAGUUAUGUCCAUGAGUGAUGCCGAAGGGCGGCCCAUCUCGUUGCUUAGAGCCGGCGAUUCAGCAGAAGUCCUGUUCCGCUGGGCCCACUGGCCAGAAAUUAUCGAACCAGGUUGCGCCCUCGUCUUCCGCGAGAACUCUGUAAAAGGUGUGGGCACAGUGACCUGGGUCGGAGAUUUCGAGGAGUCUCCGAAAAAGCGGAGAUCCGGCUUCCGCCCUCAAACCUCCAAGGUUUCGAAGUCUGCGAACGACAAGAAGAGGGACAGAGGCGAGCAAAUGGAAUGGAGUGUCGAGCCUCACGCAGGUGGGCAUGGCAAUGUCUGCGUCAGCUUCGUCAAGGCGCUUCAGCACCAGGUUGCUUUCCGAUGUUCCGCAUCCACUCCCGGUCUCUCUGCAAGAUCGCGGAGUGGUGCACGAAAGGAAACUGUGCUUGGCGUGGCUUCGACUGACAAGCCGUGCACUGUAGACUCGAGCGCCAAGCAUUCGCACGCAGACCGCCACCGGAAGUAG